ACUUCCAUUCAUCCCCAAUCUCCUCACUCUCACAGUCACACAACCAAAUCUUUCACAAAAAAAAAAUAAAAUCAAUCACCCACCAUUCUCACCACCCCCAAUUUUCUCACCCAUGGCCAACAUGAUUAUGUCCUCUUCCAAAACCCUAAUCACAUCUCCCCCAACUCCCAAACCCUCCCCAAUCAUCCCUACCCCUGCCCCACAGAUUUCACUCCCUCAAACCACCACCACCAAAAAACCCUUAAUUUUCUCCUCCGCGGCCACAAUCGCCGCCAUAAUCACCGCCACACCACUCCCCUCACUAGCCGAAGAAUUCGAAAAGGCUCAGCUCUUCGAUUUCGACUUGACUCUUCCGAUAAUCGCGGCCGAAUUCCUUUUCUUGAUGUUCACACUAGACAAAUUAUACUACUCACCACUAGGAAACUUCAUGGACAAGAGAGAUUCAGAAAUUAAAGAGAAGCUUUCCAGCGUAAAAGACACGUCAGCGGAAGUGAAACAGCUGGAGGAACAAGCGGCGGCGAUAAUGCGAGCGGCGAGGGCGGAAAUAGCGGUGGCCUUGAAUAAAAUGAAAAAAGAAACGGCGGUUGAAGUGGAUGCGAAAUUAGCGGAAGGAAGGAAGAAAGUGGAGGCGGAGUUGCAAGAAGCGCUUGCGAGUUUGGAGAAACAAAAAGAGGAAACGAUAAAAUCACUUGAUUCGCAGAUCGCGGCUCUUAGUCAGGAAAUUGUUAACAAGGUCCUUCCUGUUCAAUAAGUUUUUUAUACAUAUUUUUCAUGAUUGAUGACGGUUACAUAAAGCUGUUUAUAAUUUGGAGGAUUCGGAUUCCAAGUUUGGUUUUGGAUCCGGGUUUGAUUUGUAAUGAUCUUAAAUGUUAAAUAAAUAUGGGGAAUUAUUAUUA